ACGUAAACGAGUGCACCACUGAGAACGGUGGCUGUCAUGACCAGUGCUGUAAUACCAUCGGCAGCUACCACUGCAAAUGUCCAGCUGGCCAGAAACUGGAGGAGGAUGGAAAAUCAUGUGGAGACGUGGACGAAUGCGUGGUGGUGAACGGUGGCUGCCAGCAAGGCUGUGUCAACACCCACGGCUCCUUCCACUGCCAGUGCCGGGCGGGAUACAGGCUCCACGCUGAUGGGCGCACUUGCAUAGGUAACCGGCUUUCUUGGGUUGUUGACAUGCGUUCUUUCAAUGCUUCCUUGGCUCCAGCCGUCAAUUCCUGUAGCGUUAACAAAGGGGGCUGCGAGCAGGAGUGCGUUCAGCUCAGUGAAGACCACUACAAGUGCCAGUGCCAGCCAGGCUACCAGCUGAGGAGGGAUGCCAAAUCCUGCGAAGUGAUAGACCCCUGCACAACUGGGAAUGGAGGAUGCUCACAAAUCUGUCAAAAUGAGAGAGGAAUUGCAAAAUGCGAGUGUCAUCCGGGGCAUUAUCUUUCUGCAGAUAAAAAGUCCUGUUUAGACAUUGAUGAGUGUGCAGAAGGGAGAGCCAGGUGUGCUCAUCGUUGUGUGAACACUCCGGGAUCCUUCACCUGUGUCUGUAAUCCCGGCUUCGAGCUGGGGGCUGAUGGAAAGCAGUGCUACCGCAUCGAGAUGGAAAUUGUCGAUAGCUGCCAGGACAACAACGGUGGCUGCUCUCACCGCUGUGAGCACACGACUGCGGGGCCGCGCUGCUCCUGCGACGACGGCUAUCGCCUCGAUUUUGAUGGCAAAAUGUGCGCAGAGCUGGAUGAGUGCGAGACCGGAGAGUCCUGCUGCUCCCAAUUCUGCAUCAACUACGCGGGUGGCUACGAGUGUGCCUGCAAAGCCGGGUUCCAGCUGAACGCUGAUGGCUGCGCCUGCGACGAUGUGGAUGAAUGUCGUCUUGAUAAUGGCAACUGCGACCAUUUCUGUGUUAAUUCUCUGGGGUCGUACGAAUGUGCAUGUAAGGAGGGUUACAGGCUUGCUGUUAACAGAUGGUCCUGCAUCGGUGGGGAGGAGACGGAUGCAGAGGAGGCAACAGGGUUUGCCAGGGCUCCGGGGCUGCAGUUCAGAGGUCCCCCCCAGCUCCUUCGCUACGCACUUGGUGCUCUCUACGAGGAUGAAGACCUACGAGGAGAACUCACCCUGGUGCACAGGGUCGUUUGCCUUGAUAACACUUUUGGCAAUGACUGUAGCUUGAGCUGUGAGGAUUGUCUGAAUGGAGGCAGAUGUAACAGUGAACACAGUGGCUGUGUUUGCUCACCUGGCUGGACCGGCAUUAUCUGUAACGAAACUUGCUCCCCCGGGACGUACGGCAGAGGCUGUGCCAACGUUUGCAAGUGCCAGAAUGGAGGCUCCUGCGACCCUGUCACGGGGCAGUGCCACUGCCCGCCCGGCGUGCACGGCAAGCUCUGCGAAGACGGUUGCCCAAAAGGCCUCUUUGGGAAGAACUGUAACAAACCGUGCAACUGUGCCAACAACGGCUAUUGCCACAGACUCUAUGGAGCCUGCCUCUGCGACCCUGGGCUCUACGGGCGCUUCUGCCACCUUACCUGUCCCAGGUGGGCCUUCGGAGCUGGCUGCUCGGAGGAGUGUCAGUGCGUGAAAGAGCACACGCUGGAAUGCAACGCGAGGAACGGGACUUGCACCUGCAAGCCUGGUUAUCACGGCAAAAAGUGUCAGAAAGAGUGCACGCCUGGCUUUUAUGGGGCCGGUUGCAAACUGAGGUGCAACUGUCCUGCUGAUGUUUUGUGUGAGCAUGAGACAGGAGUCUGCAAACAUCCAUGUCCACCUGGGUUUCAUGGAGAAGAAUGCCAUUUAUCUUGUCAGCCUGGGAGCUUUGGAGUCAACUGCAGGCAGAGGUGCAGCUGUGGAGAAGCACCAUGCAAUCCAAAGACAGGGCAGUGUAUUUGCCCAGCUGGGAAGACUGGUGCUACAUGUGAGCAAGAUUGCCCAGCUGGCCGGUGGGGACCAGACUGCCAGUCCUCCUGUGAGCCCUGUGCCAACGGGGGACAGUGCAACAGAGAAACUGGGGCCUGCGACUGUCCCCCUGGCUACACCGGGACAUCCUGCUCUGCAUGAUGCCCCGAGGGAAGCUUUGGCCCGAGCUGUGCACAGAGCUGUCGGUGCCAGAACGGAGCUGCCUGCGACCACGUGAGCGGAGCCUGUACUUGCGCGGCGGGCUGGAUGGGAACCUUUUGUGGAAAAGCUUGUCCAGAUGGAUUCUUUGGGCUUGACUGCCACCAGGUGUGCAAGUGCAAGAAUGCUGCUGGCUGUGACCAUGUCCUGGGAACCUGCCGCUGCCUCCCCGGCUGGCUGGGAGAGACCUGCGAGCAGCCCUGCCGGGGGGACAGCUAGGGGCCAGGCUGCAGCCACGCUUGUCGCUGUCACAACGGAGCGCUCUGUCAUCACAUCACCGGGACGUGCCUUUGUAGCCCGGGGUGGAAAGGAGCCACCUGCCAAGAAGCCUGUCCUCCUGGAUGGUAUGGUGUAAACUGCCUACAGCGCUGCGUCUGCCAUGGCCAGGCGACCUGUGACCGUGUGACGGGCGAGUGCCGGUGUCCCCAGGGUUGGACAGGAAUAGCAUGUGAGCUGGAGUGUGGGGACGGGAGGUACGGCGAGGGCUGUGAGCAGAACUGUACCUGUCGCCAUGGGGUUUGUGACCAGCACUCGGGGAAAUGCAUCUGCCACGCCGGCUGGACUGGGGACCGCUGUGAUGCUGCGUGCCCCCCGGGAUUUUUUGGGAAGCGGUGCGAGGAGCAAUGUGACUGUGUACACGGCUUGUCCUGCCACCAUCAAACUGGAGCGUGCCACUGUGAAAAGGGAUGGCGAGGGAGACAGUGUGACAAACGACCGGUUGCACCAUUGCAGCUUCUUGGCCGCUACGGCAUGGGCUGUGCCCAGCGGUGCCGGUGCCCUGCGGGUACCCCCUGCCAUCACCUGACGGGCGAGUGCGGCUGUCCUCCAGGAUUCACCGGCUAUGGCUGUGAGAAAACUUGUCCACCGGGCACGUAUGGUAAGAACUGUAACCGAGUAUGUCAGUGCUCUGCCGAGAAUGAGGAAUGUCACCCGGUGAGCGGCCCCUGUGGGUGCCGCCCGGGGUACUACGGUGCCCGCUGCAACCUCC